AUGAUCCACAGCCUGUUUCUUAUAAACUGUUCUGGUGAUAUAUUCUUGGAGAAGCACUGGAAGAGCGUUGUGAGCCAAUCUGUGUGUGAUUAUUUCUUUGAGGCUCAGGAGAAAGCAAUCGAUGUUGAGAAUGUGCCUCCUGUCAUCUCAACGCCACAUCACUACCUCAUCAGCAUCUAUCGGGAUAAAAUCUUCUUUGUGUCUGUCAUACAGACAGAAGUGCCACCACUCUUUGUAAUUGAAUUUCUGCACCGAGUAGCAGAUACUUUCCAGGAUUACUUUGGCGAAUGUUCUGAGACUGCAAUUAAGGACAAUGUAGUUAUUGUGUAUGAACUUCUAGAAGAAAUGUUAGACAAUGGCUUUCCACUGGCAACGGAAUCUAACAUAUUGAAGGAGCUGAUUAAGCCUCCCACAAUUUUGCGCUCUGUUGUCAACUCCAUCACAGGCAGUAGUAAUGUGGGUGACACACUUCCCACCGGACAGUUGUCCAACAUCCCUUGGCGCAGAGCAGGAGUAAAAUACACAAACAACGAAGCCUAUUUUGAUGUCAUUGAAGAAAUUGAUGCGAUUAUAGACAAAUCAGGUUCCACAGUCUUUAAGUUGCCGCAUUGCUCAGUAGUCGGAGUGGCUUUUGUCUACUUGAUGAGAUUUCUCUUACCGCUUUGCCACUACUUACAGAACCCACGGCUGCUGGAUGACGUCAGCUUCCAUCCAUGUAUUCGGUUCAAACGCUGGGAGUCUGAGCGAGUCCUUUCGUUCAUUCCUCCUGAUGGGAAUUUCAGAUUGAUCUCCUACCGUGUCAGUUCGCAGAACUUGGUGGCAAUUCCUGUAUAUGUGAAACACAUGAUCAGUUUUAAGGAAAAUAGUUCUUCAGGAAGGUUUGAUGUUACCAUUGGACCGAAACAGAACAUGGGGAAGACAGUAGAAGGAGUUGUCAUGACAGUUCACAUGCCAAAGGCUGUACUUAAUAUGAACCUCACUGCUACACAAGGCAGCUAUAUAUUUGACCCAGUUACUAAAGUGUUAACGUGGGACGUUGGCAAAAUUACCCCUCAAAAGCUACCAAACCUGAAGGGCAUCGUGAACCUGCAGUCUGGAGCCCCUAAGCCAGAGGAGAAUCCAAGUUUGAACAUCCAGUUUAAGAUACAACAGCUUGCAAUUUCAGGACUGAAAGUGAAUCGCCUAGACAUGUAUGGAGAAAAAUACAAGCCUUUUAAGGGUGUCAAAUAUAUUACAAAAGCAGGAAAAUUCCAAGUCAGGACAUGAGAAGAUGCUCUACUUCCAAGAGGAAAUUCCCCUUAAAAAAAAAUUGACUGCUUAGUGACUUAUGUUGCUGUUCAUUAGGUGCCAAUUAAUUAAUAGACACUGAUUAGUUUGGGAUCAAAGCAUUUGUGCACAGAAGCCCUUGAAAUGAAAGCAUAGUUUAGUUUUUCUUAAUAUUGCUUUAAAAUAAGAUACUUUUUUUCUAAUACACCUUCACUCUUUUUUUACUGAAUUAUUGUGCUGGUGACUAGUUUGAUACAGGUGAUCCACAAAACGUCACAAACACUACACUGCCAGUCAGAUACCAAAGCCCAGAGGCCAAGCACAUUAUAAAGGCCAGACAGGCCGCUGGAAAAGUCUUGUGGUAGCACGUUUUGCUGCUGCAGCUGCCUGCAAAGAAAGCUGAGCUAUUCUCAUGGCCAGCUGCAAGCUGGCAUUCCACAAAGCAUCAUGUAAUCCCUUCAGAAAUAGAGAGCAGCAGUGAGAGGGGCAGGGGUCCCACAGCAGCCUGGGACAUAGCAAGCGUUGCUCCUGAGAAAGAGCUUAUGAUGAAGACAAAAAUAAUUCCCUUGUUGUUUACAAGAAAUUGCCUUUCUUAAGAAGCAUUUGCCUUAAUCAGCUUUCAUUUGUGCCAUCUGCAGAUGAGCUGAUAAAAAUAACAUUCUGCAUUGAAUCUGGGAGGUGAUUGUUGCUUCAGUAAUCCACUUUCUUUCCAUUCCAUCUCAUCAUCGCCAUCACUUUUUUAAAGAAUACAGUUGCAGAGAGUAAGAUCUAUUUUUUAUGUGAAGCCUUUGCUUUGAUUUAGAUGUUCCACGUGUUCAAAGUGGAUGCCACAGAUUUGUGCCAUGCGUACAUUGGAGUGUAGCUUUUUAGAUAGCACAGUAGAAAUGUCAAGUGUAUUUAAUGGUUGUGUGCUUUAAUGUUAUGAAAUAAAGGGAACUCUACUGCAAA